UAAUUUAAAAAAAUAAACACAUACAUAAAACUUAUAAUUUGUUUAAUAUGAAAAUAUAAUGAUAUUAAUUUAUUAGAAACUCUCUUUAUUCCAAAAUGAAAGUUACUAUACUAAUCUGAAAAUUUUUACAAUAAAUACAAAAACUUUGCAAUAGUUAGUAACAUGUAUUAUUUAAAUCAACUCAAAAUCAUGUUUCGCUCAAUGCUUUCUCUUCAAAAUAUCUUAAGAUAAUUUUUAUAUAAUAUAUAUUAAAUGUUUAUUAGCAGUGAUAUAAUAUCUAAUUAAAUAACAUAAAAUUAAGUAUAAGUAAUUGAAAUAUUAAUGGUUUUGGAUACUAUAAACUUUCUUUUUCUUCAUUAAAUCCAUAUAAAAGAUAUUUGCGUUGAAUAAUGAAAUGACAGAGAGUCUACCGUUAAAUAUAUGUUAAUGGCUAGUAUAGCAUAUAUAGAGUCUCUGGAAACAAUUUGAUACAACAAAAUAUAAAUUAUUACUCAAUAAAACAUUGGAUAAAAAAUUUUUAUAAUAUAUUAUUAGCAAUAAAUAAAUAGAUUGCGAUAUAAAAUGGAUCAAAGCAUGAGCUACCAUAUAUAUGCAUUCAACCGUGUAAAAAAACUGAAAGAUUUCAAUUACCUCCAGACAUUGAUAAUUAUAGCUUUAAACAAAGAGACCAAAUAAUUAAAAAAAAUCCAUAUUCUCUUACAAAACGGGCAGUCUUAGAAAGACCCGAAUUAAGCAAUUUUACAAAGAAAAAAUAUCCGUCUAUUAUUAUUAUAACUUGCAUGUAUAUACAUACAUAUAUUAUAUUAUAUAUAUAUACAUAUAUAUGUAUGUGUGUGUGCGUGUGUGCGUUUGUAUGUAGAGAUUAGAAUUCUGAUCAUAUUGAUCUAAAUUUUGAUCAAUGGUAUAUCAAGUUCGAUCGAUCGAGGGUGCGAAUGAAUAAGAAGCUCUGUAUAUUUACUUGGAUAUAAAUCCUAUCUAAUACCAUAUAACUGAAAACUCCAAGUGAAUAAUGAUAAGACACUCUAGGUAAUCUAGUCAUUAUGUAAUGGACCUUACAAUCUAACCAUAAUCGAAUAAGUUUAGUAUAUGAGUUAUAACACCAUCAAUACACAGUGACUGUUUUCAGAUCAAAAAGAUAAAAAUAUUCAAAAUAAUAAAAUUAUAUCGUGUAUGAUGAAUCCAAUUAAGAAAUCUUAUGUUCCUUACAGGAAAAUAAAUAUUAUUUUUAGCAGAUUUAUAUAUAAAGCUGUUUUCCUAAUAAAGUCACAUAAUAAUCAUACUUUCUCGUGAUUCUUAAUUACCAGAUUUUUAUGUAUACAUACGCACCCUUUAUCAUCGAUACGUCUAUAUGCCUAAAGACCUUAUCACAUAUAACAGAAUGUGAUCAACGACGAUCACUAUGAUCAUCCACGCAACAACGAUGGCUUUUCCUUUCCUUGAUGUGCGAAAUAAAGAUAUGGCGGAGAACACGCAUAACUAAUUUCGCAUUUAUCUAAUUCGAUGUAUAUUUGGAUAAAUAUCUAUAUUCGGAAUACUACAACGAGAAUAUUUACCAUCUUAUUUACAAUUGAGGUGAAAAAACAGAACCUCCGGUGUAAUAAAUCGCGGAAUUACAAAGAGUUAAAAUUUGUCAAUUCAUGACGUUAUAAAUUCUAAACCUGUGAUUUAUCGAAUGUAACUUUAGGAGAUAGCUUAAAGCUUUUGGUAGAAUAAUAGAUGUACGAUAUAUGGGACAUAUACUCUAUAUACGAUACGUACAUUUUCGAUUCACUCUCGGAACAUAUCGUAUUGCACGCUCCGUUAUAAUUGAAAAAAAGAACAGAAACGACUUAGACCCGAUUAUUAAUCCUUAAUCAGUAUAGUAAAAUCAUAUAUCUGAUAUGAUGAAUUCAUGGAUUCGCAGAAUUAACCUUCGAAUCUCAGCACUGGGAUUCUAGAAAAAAUCAAUUCAAUGAGAUUUAGUUUUUGUAUAAAGUAGUUAUUAGAAAAGUAAAAUACUUUUAUAGAUCAAAAUACUUUAUUUAUAUUAAUCUUAUAAUGAAUUCGCAAUAAAUAAAGAAAAAAUAAGAAGUUAAUCAUUGAUUAUGUAUAUUUAAUCAAUUAGAUUUUUUACGACAUCCCUGAUAUGAGAUAAAUAAUAAUUAAAAAUUUUAGAAACUAAAUAUAUUUUUAAAUUAAAAAAAAUAGAGAGUAGCACGUAUAUGUAUAAAUAAAUAUCUCCAAUUUACGUUAAUCUAAUUAACGUAACGUAUCUGCAGGUUAUCGCUGUUACUGUAACUAGAUAACUCCCUUCUAGAAUUAUUCGCUUAAGAAUCCAUUAUGUGCUGGUUAAGGAUUAAAAUAUAUUUUUUCAAACUGUUGUAAUUAAAAGUAUGAGUGUGCAUGCGCGAUUUUAACAUUGAUCACAUAAGAGGAUGAAAGGCACGAUAUGGUAACAGAGAGAGUGGAAACAUUUUAUUUACAUUAAAAACUUUAUAGAUCCGAUCUUUCUUGUAGAUAACCCAAAUGGGAACUAAUCUUUUUAUUGAAUAAAGUCUAUCACAUGCCUAUACCAAGUUGAUUUAAUUAAAGAUUAAGAAAAAAUAUAACUUUAAAUAAAUGUAACUUUAGAUUUGUUUAUUUUAUCUAUAGAUUUUGAUUAUUUUAUUAUAUCAAAUUAUUUAAAAUUGUUUAAAUGAUUAUAAAAUAGUAUUUAGCGAAUCUACUCAAUUUCUGCAAUCAAUUUGUUGCAAUACUUUAUUAAUAAAGUAUAUACACAGUCAAGAUUAAAGAGAUCAAUAUACUUUCGAUUUCUGUUGUAGUUCUAUCGACAUAAUCUAAUACGACAUAUUUUGAAUCAUAUUUGCCGCGUUUUUGUUACCAAAAACUUGUAGCAGAAAGUUUUGCAUAAAAUAUACUUUCGACAGAAUUAUCAAAACAAGCAGCGAGAAGUCUACCACACACUAUAUAUUCAAAACAAAAUUGACAUUAUUGAUUACAGUCCAUAUCAUCAAUAGAUGCUUCGAAGAAAAUAUAAACAAUUUCUCAUCGAUAAGUUGUUUCUGUUGACAAUUUCAAGGACUACGGAAUAGUUGAGACCAUACAUACGAGCGAACAUACGAACAGUAAACAUCUUGCAACAUAACUUUCAUAUAAGGGCGCAACAAGAUGUCAACGGAAGUUAAAAAGAGUUUUACAUUUCUCAUUACAGCUGUAGGUGACAAGGAUGAAUUAGAAAAAUAUGUUGACAUAAUGGAACAGACCAUAUCUGAUAUAGGAGGACACACAAUUGAUGUUCAUUAUAUGCCAUGUAAUAUAUAUCAAAUAAAGAUGCAUUUAAUGUCUUCGUGCGAUGCAAAUAAAGCAAACAUUAUUGCCAUCAUUGGUGAGAAUAAACUUAUGGAGAAAGAUAUUGUGUCUAUGGCAACUAAAACAGUUAUCAGUGCGGUUAUUUAUAAACGUAUAACACCAGAUAUAUUAGAGCUAGAAACUAAAUUGCAGGACGUGUUUCCCGAAGCUGUAUGUGGACUACGAAAUAAGACACUUAUCCUCAAUAUGUUUGGCGUAUGUUUAAUGGCAACAAUAUUUUUAAAAACAAAUGAAAAAAAAAUAUUGCAAAUUGUACAAAAGAUAGUGCAGAUCGACGAAACUAAUAAUAAUAGAGCUGCUGCAUUCAAAAUGCUUAACUCGUCCCUGAAAAAAAUCAAGAUGAUAGCAAAAGAAUAUAAGAAAACCUUAUCUCCUAUAUUUACUGUGUCAGAAGCAAUACAUAUGAUAGGUAGUAUAGUAUCUAAACAUUACAAGACAACAGAGUCUGAAUAUGUGAGUGUAUGUGAUGCAUAUGGCAAAAUGUUAUUCGAAAACAUACAUUCCAAAUGUAACGUGCCAUCAUUUAGAGUUUCUGCUAAACGUGGGUUCGCAAUAAUAACAAAUGAUGGAAAAAACACAAAGAAGAUACUAAAAGCAGGAAUUACAUCCUUAGAACCUGGCACAUGUAUAAGAGUAAACACUGGAGCUCCUAUUCCCGAUGGAGCAACAGCAGUUAUAGAAAUUAAGAAUACAAAAAAAGUAAAUAAAAAAGUAAUAAAAGAAUGUGAUGAUAAUAAUACUGAUAAUAAGGAACAUUGUGAGGAAGAAGAAAUCGAGAUAAUAAUUCAACCAAAAGAAGAAGAAAAUAUUAAAGCUAUUGGUUGCGAGAUAAAGAUAGAAGAACAAAUUUUGAAUAAACACACACGUAUUGGGCCAGCGGAAAUAGGAAUGUUAACAUGUUGUGGUAUCGAUAAAGUUGCAGUCGUUAAACAUCAGUCUGUAGGUAUAUUGUCCAUUGGAGAUGAGUUAGAAGAACCUGGCAAGAUUUUAGGACCAGAACACAUCUAUGAUAGCAACAAAUUAAUUCUAAUCACAUUAUUAAAACGGGAAGGUUUCGAUACUUUGAAUUUUGGAAUUACGAAUGAUGACAUGAUAAGCAUAAUAUCCAAAAUCGAAGAAAUUGUACAAAAAGUGAAUGUAAUUGUGAUAAUAGGUGCUGCGAAAGAUAAAGAUUUAUUGAAGCCCAUUUUACGAGGAUACUUUAAUGCCAUUAUACAUUUUGGUGCUGUAUAUAUGAAACCAGGAAAAUCAACAACAUAUGCAACAUGCACAUUUAAAUCCACAAUGAAACAUUUUUUAUGUUUAUCGAAAAACCCGGCAAUCGUUCCCAUUGCUGCACAUUUAUUUCUUUUACCUCUUCUGAACGAAUUACGCUGCUUUCACAAGGAGUGGCCCUUAGUGGUAUCUCGCAUACGAUUAGCACCCAAUUUGUAUUCGCGCCCUAAAUAUGUUUGGACGUCUUUAAAAUGGAACAAGGAGGAUACGUACCCAUGGAUUUACGAUAUAUCAAAUCAUUAUAAUCAUAACGCUAAUGCACUUUUAAGAUUGCCACCUAGUACAGUGGAAGCGUCAAAAUUAUUACCUGACGCAUUUAUAACAACGAUAUUUGUUGGCUCAAGCGCGACUGUCAUAUUGGAACGCGAUAAGAUGUUAAAAGAAGGAGAAAUGACUUUUACAUUUCGCAUUGUAGUUGUAUGUGAUUUAGAAGACCAUAUCUCUCCAAAAAAGAAAAUUAAACUUCAAAUAAAAACAGAAAAUGAUAUCAUAUCUCUGCCAAAUAGUAAAGAUAAAUUAAUGAAAUAUUUAAUUUCUUCAUGCGAUAAAAAUGAAGUUGAUGUUAUUAUCGUCACUAGUGACAUUGAUUCUACCGUUAUUUUUGAUGUGAAUCAAAAAACUAUUAAUAAAAAUGUUUCCACAAACAUCGCAACGUUUAUAUCAAAAUUAGAACUAAAAAUAAAACGUAUAUUUAAACGAGCUGUAUGUGGAAUACGAAAUAAAACGCUUAUCCUUAAUAUAUAUGGCUCACCAGAAGUCGCCACAAUAUGUUUAGAAAAAUAUGAAGAACUGAUACAGCAAACAGUACAAUUAAUACAGGAAAAAACAGUUAACAUUAAAUCUUCAAUAGAAGUAACAGAUGCACAAAAGAUAAUACGUGAUACAAUAAUGCAAAGCAAUGAGAAAAUAGAGUUUGAACGUAUGAGUGUGCGUGAUACUUAUGGCAGAAUAUUAUUAAAAGAUAUAUAUACCACAUGUAAUGUACCUUCAUUUAGAACUUCUGCCAAAUAUGGAUACGCAAUAAUAGCAGAUGGAAAAAAACGGAAGAAGAUAGUAGAAGCAAAAACUAUAUUUUCAUUGACAUCUGACAUAUGUGUAUCGGUAAAACUUGGAACACCUAUUCCCAAUGGAGCAACAGCAGUUGUAAAAAUGGAAGAUAUAAAAUUGCUUAGAGCUAUAUCUUCUAAUAACAAUUCAAAAGAAGAUACCCACGACGAAAUCGAAAUAAUAUUUCAGCCAAAAGUAGGAGAAAAUAUUAGACCUAUUGGUUACGAGAUAAAGAUGGGAGAACAAAUUUUGGAGAAAUACACACGUAUUGGAUUAGCUGAAAUAGGACUUUUGACAUCUUGUGGUGUCAAUGAAAUUGUAGUCAUUAAACAACAGUCUGUAGGUAUAUUGUCCAUUGGAAAUGAGUUAGAAGAACCUGGGGAGAUUUUAAGAUCAAAACACAACUAUGAUGGCAACAGACUAGCUCUAAUCACAUUAUUAAAACAGGAAGGUUUCGAUGCUUUAGAUUUUGGAAUUGUAAAUGAUGACAUACAAACGAUAAUAUCAGAUAAAAUCCAGGAAGCUUUAAAAAAAGUGAAUAUACUUGUGACAACUGGUUCUACGGAUGGAAGAAAUCGGUUGAAUCUCAUUUUACAGGAACUUUUUAAGGCUACUAUAUGUUUUGAUAGCGUGAAUGUAAAACCCGGAAAAUCAACAACAUAUGCAACAUGCAUGUUGUACGAGAGAAAGAAGCAUCUCUUAUGUUUUUCGGGAAAUCCGGCAAAAGUUCUCAUUAGCGCACAUUUAUUUCUUUUACCCCUUUUGAACCAGAUGUGCCACAAUGAUUUGGAAGCGCCCAUCAUAAGUGCUUGCGUAAUUAAUAAACACAAGAAGCAUUCGCGUCCUACUUAUACGUGGACACAUUUACAAUGGGACAAAACAGAAGCAGAUUUAUUUGCAAAGGCUUAUAGCAUAGAAGAUAAAAGUAAUCUACUUAAGUCUCAUAACAGUAAUGCACUCUUAAUGCUGCCACCGUCUAGUUCGAAUGACACAUCGAUUGCACCAGACACAUUCACAUCAGCGCUAUUUCUUCAGCGCUACUCUAAAUAAUUCUGCUAAAAUAUUUCUAAUCGAAUCCAGAGCGGAAGAGAAUUAUUACACAAUAGAAAUUCAUAAAGAUAUUUUUUUACAAUUGACACAAAAAAUAGAUAUAUAGCAUUAUUUCAUGUUAAACUUUUAAACUGAAUUUUUUCUUAGCGCAAGAACACUUCUUACAAAAGUACUUAUCAUUUACCUCAUUUUUUUAAACUCUUUACCGUUCCAGGACAUAUCUUAUUGUUAGUAAUAUGUAUUCUCUCAAACUAAAUUUUUAUUAAAAAUCUUUUCAAAUAAGGGAGCGCGCGCAAAUA